AUGACGGUUUUUAUGACCCCCAUUACAUUGAGGUUGAGCUGGUCAAGCUCCACCCAUGAUAUCCAGAGAGGUGAAGCUGGUUGCUGCUGUUUGGCUGUUUGGUUGCUGCUUUUGGCGCUCGUGCAUGCACAGUCUUCACACGGACGAACGCUUCAAUCUAUCGCUUAACGCUAUAGCGGAGACUCUCUAUUCGUUCCUUUGAAAUCAGAAAACAAAAUGCACAUAAACGUGUCCAUCCCUGCUUUUGAUAUACAAUCACUGAUGAACAUCUUUGGUUUUAAUGAGUAAGAAAAAAAAAAAAAAGCUAUAUGAGGGCAGAUCAGAACCCAGAACCUCUGGCAUACUUAACGAAAAUUAUAGCCUACCAUUAGGACUAACGCAGAUCUAUAUAUUUAUUCACUAAUGUAAAUACUCUCGAGACUAGCAAUAUAGUGUAUUAUAUAGAUGUAAGGAAACUAUCACAUUAAACAUGAAUUCCACACUCACGCUCACGCACACUCGCUCCAUUGUGCGAGAAUGAAAGUGAAAGUAGGCUUGAUGCGCCAUUAUAUACCUAAGCAUAAUAAUAUUCCUUAGAUCAGAAAAAACAAACAAAAAAAACCGAUUAGGCAUAUUGACUUUUUAAAUAAUCGCGCAGUCUAACGUUUAUAAUUGCUUAUGCUCGAAUUUAUGUGUUUUUGAUGUGAAACGAUGCACAUUUGAGAACCUGUGUCGAAAGAGUCUUCAGGACUUUGCUUCAUGAAGAUUGAAUGAAUCAUGGAGGACAAACAAACAUGCAGUGAUGGAGAUUUUUCUCCUGGAAGCAGUCAAAGCCAUAGGCAAAGAUCAAACUCAGGGGAGUCCAGCUGUGUGUCCAUGAAGAGUGAUAAAUCUAUGGAGCAGCCCGUAAAAUUUGAGGGAAGCGACACAUCAACUGAUCUCAGGCAAAGAUCAAACUCAUCGGAGUCCAGCUGUGUGUCCAUGAAGAGUGAUAAAUCUAUGGAGCAGCCGGUAAAAUUUGAGGGUAGAGACACAUCAACUGAUCUGAGGCAGAGAUCAAAGUCACCAGAGUCCAGCUGUGUGUCCAUGAGGAGUGAUCAGUCUAUGGAGCCACCAGUAAAAUUCAAGGGAAGAGACACUUCAAAUGAUCUCAGUCAUAACGCUCAGCUGUUCCAAAGCAUAUUGAAAUUAAAUCUCAUGAAGAAAUUUCAGUGUCUGUAUGAAGGAACCGCAAAGCAGGGAAACCAAACACUCCUGAAUGAGAUCUACACAGAUCUCUAUAUCACAGAGAGUGAAAGUGGAGAGAUCAAUAAUGAGCAUGAGGUGAGACAGAUUGAGACACAGUCCAGGAGAGCAGAAACAGAGGACACACCGAUCAAAUGCAACGAUAUCUUUAGACCUUUACCUGAACAAGACAAACCCAUCAGAACAGUGCUGACAAAGGGAGUCGCUGGCAUCGGAAAAACAGUCUCUGUGCAGAAAUUCAUCCUGGACUGGGCUGAAGGGAAAGAGAAUCAGGACAUCCAGCUCAUAUUUCCACUUCCUUUCAGAGAGCUCAACUUGAUGGACAAAAGUCAACUUGAAGGACUCAGUCUUUCAGAUCUCCUUCAUGUCUUUUUCCCUGAAAUUAAAGAAAUGAAACCAUUAAGUGGUGAACAUAAAGUGUUGUUCAUCCUUGAUGGUCUGGAUGAGUGUCGUCUGUGUCUGGAGUUUCAGAGCGAUGUGAGGUUGUGUGAUGGAAGUGAAUCAGCCUCAGUGGAUGUGCUGCUGACGAACCUCAUUGCGGGGAAUCUGCUUCCCUCUGCACUCAUCUGGAUCACCUCCAGACCAGCAGCAGCUGAUCUCAUCCCCAUCGAGUGUGUCCAUCGAGUGACAGAGGUACGAGGUUUCAACAACCCACAGAAGGAGGAAUACUUCAGGAAGAGAAUCAGUGACCAGAGUCUGGCUGACAGGAUCAUCUCACACCUGACGUCAUCAAGGAGCCUCUACAUCAUGUGUCACAUCCCAGUGUUCUGCUGGAUCUCAGCCACUGUUCUAGAGAAGAUGUUGAGUGAAUCAGAGAGUGGAGAGUUUCCCAAGACUCUCACUCAAAUGUACACACACUUCCUAAUCAUUCAGACCAACAUUAAACAUGGGAAGGACUAUGAUAAGAAAGUGGAAGAUAAAGACAUGAUCCUCAAACUGGGGAAAUUGGCUUUUCAGCAACUUGUGAAAGGCAAUGUGAUCUUCUAUGAGGAAGACCUGAGAAAGUGUGGCAUUGAUGUCACAGAAGCAUCAGUGUACUCAGGAUUGUGCACUGAGAUCUUCAGAGAGGAGUUUGUAUUGUAUCAGGUGAAAGUCUUCUGCUUUGUUCAUCUGACCAUUCAGGAACAUCUAGCAGCUCUAUAUGUGCAUCUCUCUUUUACAAACAACAACAGAAAUGUGUUUGAAACUGAACAAACUGAACAAAGUCUGUUGUCUAAGGGUUCAAAACAGAAGAAAUCUAAACCAAUAUCUGGGCUGCAUCAGAGAGCUGUGGAUGAGGCUUUACAGAGUAAAAAUGGACAUCUGGACCUUUUCCUGCGUUUUCUUCUGGGUCUCUCAGUGAAGUCCAAUCAGACUCUCCUGCAAAAACUACUGACACAGACAGGAAAACACUUCAACAACAAAGAGGAAACAGUUCAGUACAUCAAACAGAAAAUCAGGGAGAAUCACUCUCCAGAGAGAUCUAUUAAUCUGUUCCACUGUCUGAAUGAACUAGGUUUCAAUUCAAUGAUGCAGGAGGUCCAAGAUUAUCUGAAAUCUAAAAAAAUAAAACAAAUCAAACUCAACUCUUCACAGUGGUCAGCUCUGGUUUAUGUGAUUCUGACAUCAGAGCAGAAAAUGAAUGUUUUUGUUCUAAAUAAGUUUACUGGAACAGAAAAUGCACCAGAUGCAGUUCUUCAGAAAAUGCUUCCUGUGCUUAAAGAAUCCAGAUCAGCUCAGCUGUAUGAUUGUGGUGUCACAUAUGAAGGUUGUGUUACUGUGGCUUCAGUUCUGAGCUCAAACCCCUCACACCUGAGAGAAAUGGAUCUGUCUAAAAAUACACUAGGAGACGCAGGAGUGAAGCUGCUCUCUGAUGGACUGAAGUAUCCUUAUUGCGAACUGGAGAUACUGAGGUUGAUUGAUUGUGGUGUCACAGAUGAAGGUUGUGCUACUCUGGCUUCAGCUCUGAGAUCAAACCCUUCACACCUGAGAGAACUGAAUCUGGCUAAAAAUAAAUUACGAGAUGCAGGAGUGAAGCUGCUCUCUGCUGUACUGGAGGAUCCUCACUGUAAACUGGAGAAACUGGGGUUGAUUAAUUGUGGUGUGACAGGUGAAGGUUGUGCUGCACUGGCUUCGGCUCUGAGAUCAAACCCCUCACACUUGAGACAACUGGAUCUGAACAAUAAUAAACUAGGAGACUCAGGAGUCAGUUUGCUCUCUGAUGAAUUGAAGAAUCCUCAGUGUAAACUGGAAACACUGUGUCUGUGACCCGAAAAACUGAUCAUACUCAGCCAUCUUGAAGGACAUCUCAAUUCUCUAAUUGUACCACGAGGAAGUUUCCUGAGGAGUCAUGAGUGAGGAUACACAGGUGUACACAGGUAUGCAGAUCGUAUUCAUUUUGUUGUCAUCUAUCGUUCUCCAGGUCAACUGGGUAUACUGGAAAAAGCUAGACAUGCUUCUGUCCUUGUUCCCACAGUAUAACACCCUGUUCGGUGACUUCAGCAUCCACCUUAACAAACAUAAAGUGGCUGAUUUUAAAGUUUUUCUCUCUUCUUUCUUCCUUUUGUGUGCAGCUGAAUGAUUUCAGAUCUCAGCCUUGUAGAUGCCACCUAAUUAAUAUAUAAAAGAGCACCAGUCAAUGUCCCAAUCCUUUACUUGAGAAUGGCGAGCAGCAGGAAUUGAUUUCCAAAUAUCUGCAGUUCUCAGACUCUCUGCCACAAGUACAUACAUUUGCUUAGACCCUGACAUGUCGCUAAGACGUUUUACACUUUUUUUUCAAAGACUGUUUUUAUAAAUAUGAAUUGGCAUGGAUUUUAGCGUACGCACAAGUUCAAAUCAGUGCAUACGCACGUUUUAUAAAUGAGGCCCUGGGGGCGCACCAAACAAGCAGACCAAGACCCACAUUUUCUAUGGGUCCGCUUCCAAACAACCUCUGGUGUGGUUCAGCUGGAAUUUAAAUGCAGCACAAACCAAAGACAUCUAAAUGAACCAAAAACAGGACAUGAUGUCACAAGAUACAACCCUAAAAACGAUAGCAUGCUAAAGUACACCUGUUUUUUCCUCAUUAUAUGAGCUACGUUGCCCAUUGCAGUUCGGUACAGGUGUCAGAACCACCGUCUCUUUGCAGCAGAUCUUUGUUUGCGUAUGUAAAAGAGUUGUUUUAACUGUUCAUUCAAUUCACUGUUAUUUUAACCCAGUGUUUGAAAAGCAAUUUCACACUUUGAUUACAUUAUUUUCACAGUUUUGUCACAUCUAAUUCAUGUACAGAAGUGAUUUUUAUUGCUAAAAAAAGUUUUAUAAUUUGCAUGAUUAUUUAACAAAUGUAUUUUACCCAGAAACUAAAGGAUCAAUUUAAAAGCCUUUAAGCCUUCAUAAAUUCUCUCAUAAAUCAGAGCACUAAAAUACAAUUUAAAACAUGUUUUUAUAAUUUAUACAGUAAAAGCUAAAUGUUUUAAUAAUUAAAUAAUGUUUUUGAAAUAAUUUAAUAAUGAGAAAAUCAAACAAACCACCAGCUCUCAAUCAAUGUUCUUUUUGUCCACUAGAUUUAAAAUGUUCUCAAUAGGCAAAGAUGUUUGCGACGAAUUCUCGAAACCGCUUGGCAUAUUGUUCAGGAUGAACUGUAGAGAUCUCAGCCCCAGCCUUUAAAUACAAAAAAUGCAAAUUAAAAAAAAAAAAAAAAAAAAAAAA